UCAAAUGGGCGUGGCUUCUUGAACAGGUAUUACGUUUCUGUGAAUGUAAUAAAAGGUAAAAGUUUAUGAAGUAAAGUUUUAUUGAUAAUCAGUACUGAACACAAGUCUUGUAUUUUGGGCAUAACUUAUAGUGCUAAAUAACUUCUAUGGUGUAUUAUUUUAAAUACAUUCCCUUAGUAUUAUUUACCUGAUUGAAUCUUUCACAAGAACACGUCUUCCGCGUAAUCUAACAACACAGUGAACCGCCAACGCGUCCUGGGUAAGAGAUCAAACUGGGGCGAAUGCAGGUCCACCAUGUUCAAGACUAAAACCAAAACUCCGGACAAAAGCAGUUCUCCUGCCGGACCACUGCGCCAGCCCCUGGCAAGCUCUGCAGCUUUGGCUCCGUCUGUCCCGUCAUUUUCUAAUACUAAUUACGCUAACGAUGGACUUUUCGUCGAUACCACAUUUCCUUACGGGAACAUGCAGCAACAGACAAACAUUGUGUGGAAGCGACCUAAGGAUAUCUGUCAAUCACCGCAGUUCAUUGUGGGCGGAGCCACGUGCAUGGAUGUGUGUCAGGGAAGCUUGAGUGACUGCUGGUUUCUGUCGGUAGUGACUUCUCUUUCCCUGCACCGCCACCUGCUGGAGCGUGUGGUGCCCUGCAGGCAGAGCUUCCAGGAAGGCUACACCGGCUGCUUUGUCUUCCAGUUCUGGCAGUAUGGAGAAUGGAAGGAAGUAAAGAUUGAUGACUUCCUGCCAACAUGUGAGGGCCAGCUUGUUUAUCUACGUUCGUCUGCGAAAGAAGAAUUUUGGAGUUCGCUUCUGGAGAAGGCAUAUGCCAAGUUGAAGGGGGGGUACCAGGCCUUAAACAUGGGCUUCCCCCACGAGGCCAUGGUGGACAUGACCGGGGGUGUGACGGAGGUGUUCAGCGUGGCAGCAAUGCCUCACGAUAGUGGACACUUUCUCGAAGGCCUGCUGAAGAGAGGAGCACUCAUUAAUUGUGCCAGUACGCAGGGUGCGCUGGAGCAGAAGAACAAGUUUGGAAUCAUGUUCAGACAUGCCUACUCCAUUACAGCAGUGGAGAAGGUCACGACGCGCACUGGGGUGGUUGAGCUAGUGCGAGUGUAUAACCCGUGGGGGAACACGGAAUGGGAGGGACCUUGGAACGACAAAAAUGGGUCCGAGUGGAACCAAGUCAGCAAAGCUGAGCAGGACCGCAUCGGCAGAACGCAAGCAGAGGAUGGGGAAUUCUGGAUGACGCUGUCAGACUUCUGCCUGAAUUUUGAUGAGAUUGAGGUGUGCCAUCUGACUGAGGCUACGCUCAGUGGCCUGGAUACUGUCAAACCCUGGCAGUGCACCUUGCAUCAGGGAAGCUGGGUACCCAGCCUGUCUGCUGGGGGUCCUCCUGGAGGGGUCAGAUUUUGGCAGAACCCUCAGUUCCACUUGACCCUGCAAGAAGAGGAUGAAGACCCAAGAGACCCUGAGCUGACCUGCACCUUCCUGGUGGCUCUGAUGCAAAAGAACAAGAGACGCACUGAGACGCAGCUCGCCAUAAAUCUGCACAUAUACAAGGUGCGCUCAGAUCAGUCGUACCUAUCCCACCUGGACCUGAGUUUGCUCAAGCCCUUGCUGUGCAUGGACAGCUACAGCCCACGCAGGGAGGUGGUGGUGCGGGGCCACCUGCCCCCCGGCCAGUACGUCAUCAUCCCCUCAACGUGGGAAGCUGGCCUGGAAGGGGAGUUCAUCCUCCGUGUCCUGACGGAGAAGGGCAACACGACAAAGCCUUCUCAGAAACCCAGCAAGGAUGUUAACGCCCCCAUGCAGAUGCAGACCAUCGCUCCCACCCAGUCAGUCCUUCCCUCUGUCGCAGAUGUUCAGCAGAUUUUCAACAAACAUUGCUGCAAUAUGGAGCAGUGCCGUGCUGCGGACCUGUACAAGAUCCUGAAAGAAGUCAUAAGCACAGGAGCGCUGGCAGGGAGUGAGAAGGAAUUAUGUCUGGAACACUGCAAGAGUUUUGUAGCCCUGAUGGAUAGCAAAGGAUCAGGGCAAUUGGACUGGCUACAGUUUCAGUCCCUAUGGGAUGUUUUCACCAAGUGGACAGAUAUUUUUGUGCUGUUUGACAAGAACAAAUCCCAAUCACUGGAAUACUGUGAGAUACUACCUGCUCUGACAGCUGCAGGCCUGCAGGUGGACGAGUUCCUAAUCCAGCUGAUUGGCCUGCGCUACACAGAACCUGACAUGACAGUCAACUACCCAGGGUUCCUCAGUCUGCUCCUCAAACUAAACACCAUGAUCCAAAAAUUUCACAGCUUUGAUCUAAUGGGAAUGGGAGCUAUAUCUCUCAACUACAGACAGUGGCUUUACCUGACGAUGUAUAACUGAGCUCCCUCUUCAGGCCCCUGCACACAUGACCAUCAGGGAACAGCAGACUGUGGUUCACAUAAUUGUUAACAAGAAGACAGUCCUUCUGUGUAUCAUUAUUGCUUUUCAUCAAUUACUUUCUCAUUAAAUGUCGCGAAAUUAAAUGGGCAAAUCUUAUGCUUAGUGAUGCCGUGUGAAUCUCACUUUACGGAAGUGUGCAUCAACAAGUUACUUACUUUCAAUUACACUAAUGGCCUUUUUUUGUUCAUACGCUCCUGUGGCUCAACAAGAAGGGCAUUGUUUUAACGAUGCAAAGGUUAUGAGUUCAAAUCGCAGGAAGCAGACGUAAACUGUAACCCCUCCCUUUAUUGUAGGCUGCUUUGGAUAAAAGCAUCAGGUAAAUGGAAUUAAAUGGCACUAACAUUUUCUAAGAAUGUCAGGGGCUUUUGUACUAUAGUACUUGCUCAUGAUCAUAUUAUCAUGCAUGUACAAAUCUACAUGAAAGCUCAUUUUGAAAUGAUUAAUGCAGUGAUUCUUGGGGUGUGCAGGCUGCUGCCUGUGGGUUAUGUUUUGGUUUCAUGUGUCCUACAGCAGAAGGAUGUUACUGCACCAGGUGCCCCCCCCCCCCACCUCAGCAGGGUACAUGUGUAUAGAUCUGAGAUAUUAAGCCACAGAUAAAAUUUUCUUGCUCUCCUCCAAGUGGAAAGCUAUACAUUUCUUGUACUGGUUAUCCAGCGCCUUUGUCACAUUGAGCCUGGAGCAAAUCUUUGAAAGCACAGGGGCACGAGGCAGGAGACACCCUGGAUAGGGUGACACGCACUGUAUGGCCGAUUUUAUAAACACCAGUUCAUCUAAAUCAUACGUCUUUGGCACUUUGGGUGUAAACCUGUAGACACUCCAGCAGAACAUGCAAUGUCUUGUUUGUGAGCUUGCAGUGAUAGUUACCCUGCCUCCAUGCUGACUCAGCGAAAAACUUCGCAAAACAGUCCCAAGAAAACUGUUUAAAUUUGCAAAUUAUAUAAUGAAUUAGCUUAAUUGUACUGUUUUGGUACUACAAACAUUAUCUGUUUAACUGACAAGAUAAGUGGGCUAUUAAUUUUGAGCUGGAAUUACAAAGAUUGUAUUCAUUCGAGAAUUAUUCAUUCUAGGCUCCGAGCCUGCCACAACCCUGACCUGCAUAAGGACUUGGAAGAGGGGUGGAUGGAUGGAUGUAAUUAAUUUUAUAUUCAUUCAAAGUCUUGUUUACUAUUUCUCAUUGUCAUUAUGGAAUGACCUGACUGUUUAUUGAAUUCCUGAUUUCAGAGGGCAGUUUUAAAUAUAUUAGAUCAUAUACGUAUGUGAUUACACAAUACUACGAUGUGAUUUUCCAUUACUAUCCAUUUAGCAUUUUUUGGUAUACGUAUUCAUGUAUAUCGUAGUAUGAUCUGUUUCUCCGAGCAAAAAGCUGUAACAAAAGUUCUCUCUCUUUGUGUCGUGUAAGCUUUAGUCUACCAAUCACGUAACUAUUUUCUUAGACUAUACGUAUCAUCCAAUUAAGCUCCUUAGCAACAAGUUGCAUUGAAUCUCGAAAGAUAUCUAUAUUUGUUGUCAUAUAUCAGCUGUACCAUUAAAUGUGCAACAUAAUAUGUACUUUAUCACAUUCUGUACAUGUUCAAUAAAACGACCUAUUUCUGGCUUUGGUA